AACCAGAAUUUAAGUAUGUUGGGAAUAUGCAUGGGAAUGAAGCUGUCGGAAGGGAGUUGCUCAUCUUCUUGGCUCAGUACUUGUGUAAUGAAUACCAGAAAGGAAAUGAAACUAUUGUCAACUUGAUCCAUAGCACACGUAUCCAUAUCAUGCCAUCUUUGAACCCAGAUGGCUUUGAGAAGGCAGCAUCCCAGCCUGGUGAACUUAAAGACUGGUUUGUUGGUCGAAGUAAUGCCCAAGGGAUAGAUCUAAACCGAAAUUUCCCUGAUCUUGAUAGAAUAGUCUAUGUUAAUGAGAAAGAAGGUGGCCCAAACAACCAUCUGCUGAAAAACAUGAAAAAAGCUGUGGACCAGAAUCCUAAGCUUGCUCCCGAAACGAAAGGUGUCAUUCACUGGAUUAUGGAUAUUCCCUUUGUGCUUUCUGCCAAUCUUCAUGGAGGAGACCUUGUUGCAAACUAUCCUUAUGAUGAGACUCGGAGUGGCAGUGCUCAUGAAUACAGCUCCUGCCCUGAUGACGCUAUUUUUCAAAGCCUGGCUCGCAGUUAUUCUUCCUUCAAUCCUGCUAUGUCUGAUCCAAACAGACCACCAUGUCGUAAAAAUGAUGAUGACAGCAGCUUUGUGGAUGGAACAACUAAUGGCGGUGCAUGGUACAGUGUCCCGGGAGAAAGGCAGGAUUUCAAUUACCUCAGCAGCAACUGCUUUGAAAUCACGGUGGAGCUUAGCUGUGAAAAAUUCCCACCUGAAGAAACUCUGAAGGGCUACUGGGAGGACAACAAGAACUCCCUUAUCAAUUACAUUGAGCAGAUUCAUCGAGGGGUGAAGGGGUUUGUUAAAGAUCUUCAGGGCAAUCCAAUAGCGAAUGCUACAAUUUCCGUGGAGGGGAUAAGCCAUGACAUUACAUCAGCCAAGGAUGGUGAUUACUGGAGAUUACUUGUUCCUGGAAAUUACAAACUUACAGCCUCAGCACCAGGCUAUCUAGCAAUAACUAAAAAAGUGGCUGUUCCCUUUAGCCCUGCAGUUGUGGUUGAUUUUGAACUGGAGUCAUUGUCUGAAAGAAAAGAAGAGGAGAAAGAAGAGUUGAUGGAAUGGUGGAAGAUGAUGUCAGAAACACUAAAUUUUUAAAUGAAGAUUUUGGCUUUACAGCUUUUAAUCUAUUAUAUGUUGACUUAGUAUAAUGUACUGUGGAAAGUCCCUAUAUUCUAGAUUUUGUGCACUUCACAAUAAUUAACUUUGAAUUUUUCAGUCGUCUUUUGAUUAAUAUGAUUAUGAAUAACUACUAGCCUCCUAGCUAGAUAAAUAAGUUAUUAAUUUUCUUUCAUAUUGUUAUAGAAAAUUUACUCAUAUACAAAUCAGAAAAAAAUGAGUGAAUGUCUCUGCAGCCUAUAUGGAAGUACAAUCUGUUGUGUAUUAUUUGCAAGUUCAGAAUAUGUAGGUUAACUCUUAAUUUUAAAAAAGUAAUACGCUGUAGUCAAUUCCCAAUACUGCCAGAAAUAUUUGACAGUGCAUAGUAAUAGACAGUGCUCUUUACUGAGUUCUAUAAUGGAUGUUAUUGAAAAGAUUUAUAAUAACAGUGUGUGGUGUAAUUAUGUUUUACAAGGAUUAAAGUUCAGUAUAACAUUUUGUAUGUCUCUGGUGUUGGGGCUAUUUAAAUAUGUAAGAAACAUAAGCUGACAUCAUUUUAGUAAGCAGAAGGAAUCUACAUAAGCUCGUGUAUUAAAGACGGCAUGGAAUGAAUUCAGGAAAUAGCAGAGCUUUAUUCCUUAAACUGUUAAUGGUAUUUCAAGAUCAGGUUUUAAUUAUUUCUCAUUACUUAUUAACAAAAUUAAAAAUUGUGAAUGGGUGAAGACAAAGAGCUUGUGCAUCUUGUUAAUAUGCUGCUUGUGUUGUUUUACAGCAAGAAAAAAAAAUUGUUUCAGGUGAUGUCCGUUUUAAUUAGAUAACUACAUUUUCAACAA